AUGGGAGAUGUAGGUCAAGAUCAAGCGGCCAUAAACGCUCAGCUCCUAGCCGACAAUGAAGAGUUGAGGGCGAGCCUUAGGGCUAUAACCGCCGAGGUUACUCAGCUACGACAGGGAGGCAGACACAACGGACCUCGGCCACCAGGAAGGAAUCAGCCUGACCCGCAUGACACUGACUCGGACGAGGACAGUACUGAUGAUACGCGCAGUCAGGACGAAGAGAGGCCAAACCGGGGUGGGAGGAGGAACGCGCGAGGACCCCGGGUCCAAGUAGGAGGAGGCCGCGACCGUAGAGGAGGUCGAGACCGAGAGGAGGAAGAGCCUUGGUUGGGAGGCAAGGCGCUUAAGCUUCAUCCCCCAACGUUUGCUGGCAAGGUUUAUCCGGAUGCCUUCAUCGUGUGGGAGAAGCGCAUGGAGUACAUCUUCGACUAUUACCAAUAUAGUGAGGCCAAGAAGGUUGCCCUAGCAGCAGCCCAGCUGACGGACAAUGCUCUUUCGUGGUGGGAUCGAGACGUUGCCAAGUCCGGGCCAGUGUGGAGAGCGCGUAAUUGGACCGAGAUGCGGACCGAGCUUCGCGCGAGGUACAUUCCAUCUUACUACCAGCGUGAUGUGGAGAGGCAACAGUAUGAAGACUUCAACGACCUGCAGCACUUUGCUACGCAAGCCGAGCAGCACAUCAAGCACAAGACCGCCAGCACCAACCGCAGUAAACCUGCGUGGACUCAACCGGGCUCAAAGCAAGGCGACAAGAGCAAGACAAUUGAGAUUGAGAGCCGAUUCAAGACAAACCAGGCUGAAUCGUCUAAUGCAUCCAAAUCGGAGCAGGUUAAGACUCAAGCCCAAACAUUGCGUACCCGUGAUAUCAUUUGUUAUAAGUGUCAGGGCAAGGGCCACUACGCUCGGGAUUGUCCAAACAAACGAGUAAUGGUCCUAAAGGGGGAUGGCGAGUAUGAAUCCCAAGAUGAGGCCGCGGCAGUGAUCUCUGAUGAAGAAGUAACCGACUACCCGGAGACCGGCGAGCUGCUAGUGACCCGGAGAGCUCUUAGUACCCUCUUUGAUCCAGAGACCAUCCAGCGGGAGAACAUCUUUCACACAAGAUGUAGUGUUGAUCACAAGGUAUGUAGUUUGAUCAUAGAUGGCGGAUCUUGUACUAACGUGGCUAGCAAGUAUCUUGUUGAUAAGCUAGGGCUGUUUGACAAGGAGACUCUUCACCAUGGACGCACCAACAUCUAUAGCUUCGUCCACAACAACAGGAAGCACAGCCUAGCACCUCUCAGCCCUCAAGAAGUUCAUGAUAUGCAAAAGGCCAUGACGCAGUCCGGCCAGGUGCUACUAAUGAUCUUUAAGGAAGGUUGCUAUGCAGGUCUAGAAGCUCCUGAAGUACCGGACGUAGUACAAGACCUCAUGGGACGUUACAAGGACGUCUUUCCUGAUGAGAUUCCAGCCGGUUUACCCCCUGUCCGUGGCAUAGAACAUCAGAUAGACCUUGUACCCGGCGCGCCACUACCAAACCGAGCUGCUUACCGUGUCAACCCUGAGGAAGCCAAGGAACUGGAGCGGCAGGUCCAAGAUCUCAUGGACAAAGGCUACAUCCGCGAGAGCCUUAGUCCCUGUGCGGUCCCGGGACUGAAGGUUGAUGAAGAGAAGAUCCAGGCGAUACAAGACUGGCCGACUCCGACCACGAUCGGACAUAUCCGCAGCUUCCAUGGACUGGCCAGUUUCUAUCGACGAUUUGUGAAGGACUUCAGUACCAUUGCCGCCCCAAUGACCUCCGUGAUCAAGAAGAAUGGACAGGAAUAG